ACGAAUGAGGUGACGUUGAUCAAACUCGGCGGCCACGUCAAGUAUAACCCGUGUCUACAUACUGGAUGUUGCGCUACGCGUUUAAGGUUUCAGGAAUAUAUUUUCCCAGGGAUUUUCUGGGGGAAUUAUUGCGUUAUUGAUGGGUUGCGCGGUCUUGUUAAUUCGUCUCUUGGCCAGGAGCUCAUUGAUCAGUCUGCCAAUGAACGACUACAGCUAGUGGAUCAGCGGUGGAGAAGGCUUAUGGUUCGGAUGCUUGUUGGGUCCCUGAACUGCAAAGAAAAAAAAACUGAUACAGAGAGAGAGUGUUCCACAGUGAAGAUGGGCUAGCUGGAUUAGCUCAGGAGAGAACUAAUGGACUUCGCAUCAGGCUGGCUAAAUUCACAUAUGUUUUCUCACAGACAAUUGGUGGAUGUAAUAGGCUGAACUACAUCUGACUGCUCCUGACAAGGUUGAUUGUAACGCUUUCUUUUAUUUCUGAGCCAACAUCAAUUUAAACAUUUGGCAUCCCGUUUCGACAUUUCAAUCUGUUUUCGUGCAUCCCAAUAAAGAACACUAAGGCGGACAGGCACGUCUACUUGGCUGCCUACGACGUCAGUCUUCGGAGAUCAGUUUGAUAGAACGGGGUUUGAGUCGACUGUACUUCUAUGCUCCUCUUGUGACAGGGGUUUGAGAAGAUUCGACAGAAAAGCGCGGAAGAGGGUCUACGCAUCGUUCCAGAAUCGUUCUUGAUUAAUGAGCGACCACUAUAUAAAGAUGGUGCAAGGGGGAGGCGGUAUGAUCGUAAACGGGAUAUCGCAUAAGGAAGGAAUGAUGGAGGAAGAGGAAGAGAAAGAAUUUGAUCAGCAAAUGAUACAUAAGACGAUUCUUGUCGGCGACUCCGGUGUGGGCAAGACGUCACUGCUUGUCCAGUUUGACCAACACAAGUUCCAGCCGGGGUCAUUUUCGGCCACAGUGGGCAUUGGGUUUACGAAUAAAGUGGUAGAUGUAGAUGGAACUAAAGUUAAAUUACAGAUUUGGGACACCGCUGGUCAAGAGCGGUUCCGCAGUAUAACGCGUGCCUAUUACCGCGACGCACAGGCGUUGCUUUUGCUGUAUGACAUUACAAGCAAAUCAAGCUUUGACAACAUCAGAGCCUGGUUAUCUGAAAUUAGGGAAUAUGCACAAGAUGACGUUGUGAUAAUGUUGCUAGGCAACAAAGCUGAUUCGACCCAAGAGAGGCGGGUCAGAAGGGAAGAUGGAGAAAAGUUGGCAAAGGACCAUGGUGUGGCCUUCAUGGAGACAAGUGCAAAAACGGGAAUGAAUGUGGAGUUGGCAUUUAUGGCUAUUGCGAGAGACUUGAAAAACAAGCAGACAAGAAACCCAAAUGAUCCCAAGUUUUGUCUGGAAGAAUAUGUUGAUCAAGAAAAACAGAAGUCUGGAUGCUGUGGGUGAUGAUCUUGAGAGUUGUGAAACAGGGAGACAAUCAAGGCAACUGACAAUGUAUAAUAUAUUUAUACACAGAAUGAUAUAUAUUUAUGUAUAUAUAACAGCUAUACAACAGAGAGUUUCUCCCAGACUUAUUAAGAUAUGGCCACAAGUAGAACUGUAACAGAGAACAACUUAGUUAAAAAUUGGCAUUUAGGAAGAAAAUAUGUUGAACGCAGAAAAAUUAUUUCAUCCAACUCUGGGUGAAAGCAGAAAAUGUGCGUUAGUAGUAUGAGUUAAGCAUUUUAAGGCAGUUAAUUGAAAUCUUCCAUUCUCUCUCCAGGUUGUAUGGGGAUAACAUACCUGUUGAGCAAAUAGCUUGUAUAACUUUUUUUAUUGCUACCAAUAUUUAAUUGUUGUUCAUAUUUGUCAUUAGAAUGAAAAAGAAAUGGAUAUAAAAACUGAAGGUGCUGGGAGCCACAAAGCUCCAUUAUCUGAAUCACAGACAUUUAUGAAAAUUUUCAUUUUAGGGACACCAAAGACUUUUGAAAGGGGAUUUUUUUUGUCUGGUUUGAUCAUUGUAAAACUAAAACUCAAUAAAUCUAGAACCCAAAACAGGCUAAAAAUAUUAUUUUUCAAAAGAUGGAAGGCAGCCUUCUUGAGGCUAACAAAUCUUGGUACAGGUCACUCUAAUUUUAUUUAAAUCGGGAGAAAUUUAAAUCUAUAUUUUCCAUUUUGAA